UGUGUUUUUCUUUUUUAUACUAAAGUAUCGGCUGUAUGGGUUUAUUUCGGUCAAAAGGGUAUAUUAAAGAACAAAACGACGAGGAAACAGAGCCACUUCAUCAUGGCGAAACAAUAGAGAUGACCGAACCCAGUCGAGUUUCCAGAGAUAUGCCCACACACCCAGACCACCCACUCUAUCGUAAAAUAGGUCAAAUUGCUGAAGAAGGGUGGACUUCAGUGACUAAUUUUGUUGUUCACCCACGCUCUUCAACACAUAUUGAAGUAGAAGACCCAGCACCGUCUAUGCCAGAUAUAGCAAAUGAAUUAAAACGAAAGCUUUAUCUAUUGUUGGAAGAGCCAGCCAGUAGUCAAGCUGCUUUUUGGACAAAUAUAAUUGUUUCGUUCCUGAUUGUUUUUAGUGCUGUCACAACAACCAUCGAAACGAUUCCCUCAUUUCGUUCUGCAAAAAGCAAUCGUGUUUGGUUUCAUUUAGAAUCAACGAUGGUAGCAUUAUUUACUCUGGAAUAUCUACUAAGAAUGUUUGCUCAUUCAGACUCUUUGCGCAUGUUGAAGCGAUUCUUUUUGUCACCACUGUCUAUUAUUGAUUUCAUUUCGAUUAUUCCAUUUUACAUUGAGGUUAUUGCUCAACAUGAUACAACAUACGAAUUUAGAUUUACUAUCUUAAGAUUGUUUCGAUUGUUGAGACUAUUUAAGUCUUACAAAUACUCGAAUGCAAUUGUAAUGACAAUUGAAGUUAUGAUGAUGGCCUUUAGACGAUCAGGGGAUGCCCUGUCUGCCUUAUUCUUUUUCACUGUCACUUGUGUUGUCUUGUUCUCAACAUUGUUGUAUUUUGCAGAACGUGGUAUUUGGGAUGAGACACUCGAGACAUUUGUCGAUUCUCAAGGAUCCCCAAGUUCAUUUGACAGCAUCCCUGCUGCAUUCUGGUUUGUGUUGGUAACAAUCACAACUACUGGCUAUGGCGACAUGGUGCCAACAACUUUUAUUGGUAAAUUAAUCACUUUUCCAGCAAUGAUCUUUGGUGUUUUGUUGAUUGCAUUACCUUCUAUUAUUGUUGGAAGAAACUUUACUGUGGUUUGGGAAGGUAUGAGAAGAAGACAGUUUUCUUCUCGGUUCUCAAAUCCUAUGGGUGGGGAUGAUAUACUUAUGCCACCCCAAAACAAUGCUAGACAGAGCAGCCAAACUAUGCCUCAUCCUACCACUAAUUUUGGCAUUUUACCCAAUCCCAAUGAAGCAGAAAUUUUAACACAAAUAGAAGCCUUGAUGACACUCACCUUAAAAAAUCAAGCGGCCAUUAAUAGAAUUGUCAGUGUGCUGGAGAAACAAGGCACAAUGUCUUCCAAGACAGAAGAACAGAAAGAUGACUAUAUUCCAACACACAAAGGAAAAGAGCCUUUAUUAAAGAAAGACAACAAUCCAUUUGAUGAAUAAGUUUCUUUUUUUAUCAUUAUAAUUACUGUAAUAGACUUUAGUAAUCUAAUCAUAAAAAAAAUAAAAAAGUGUAUAUAUAUGGGGUGUCUAUCAUCUAUAAUACAAGAACAAUAAUCUUAACGAGAUCUAGGCGAAUGAUCAGAUACACUAAAGCAUGUAUGAU